AUGCGGUGGUGGGCGGUCAGGAGUAUGUUGGCUGUGGCCGCGUUGGCGGCGUUGGCGUUGACAGGAGCAGCUGACGCUGAUGAGACGAAGGGAGGAGGCAUGGGAGACGUGCAGGCAGACAGGCAAGGGCGAUGGAAACCGUUCUCACAAGUGAGAAGCUUGUUAAGAGGGAAACGAUCGGCAAAAAAAGCGGAAUCGCAGGCUGGCACGACGGGGACUGAGAGGAGGCUCUUGUCCUCCUCCUGUGGCGAGAACACCUACUACAACGGGACUGAGUGUCUGCCAUGUCCUGCCUUCACCUCCGCCCCGGCAGGCAGCACCAACUUGACCGACUGCGUGUGCGUCCCAGGGUACUUCGAGGACGGACAGGGCUCUUGUCCGACUGGCUACUACUCGAACUGCACUGCUAUCAAAGACGGGGAGUGCUUGCCGUGCCGCAACGCUCCUUCGCGGGCCGAGUACACGAGCUCGGGGGUGAACAGCACGACUGAUGUGAGCGACAGUGGGUUCAAUGUUCCCGGACAGCUGUUAGGGACGGACUUAAGGAGUACUAUUUCGCUGACUGUACCGGCGGAGUUUGCGGGGAAGCUUUUCCGGAUCGAGGACGAGCUCGUGAACGUCACGAUGAACCUCCCUGACAGCUGUUCCUACGUCUGCAGCGCCUCCACCAGGAUGAACGAGGUGGGAUGCUCGUGGGUUGUUUCCCGCCGUCUGCUGAACGUUUGCACGGUUGAACAGCUGGGACAGUGCGUCAACUGCACCACUGCUCCUUGUCCCGUCGGUCACUUCAGGACCGCCUGCAACGAGACUCAUGACGGAGUUUGCACCGCCUGCACCAACUCCAAGCCGGAGAACUCUGUUUACAGCUCCCCCGGCAUCCCUUACGACUCGAAUGCGUGCGGGUGGACGUGUAUGAGCGGGUACUACAAGGACGGAUCUCAGUGCUCUAGAUGUGGCAACUCCCUGCCUGACAACGCCAACUACAGCGGACCUGGAGGACCGGGAGACGGGUGCCCAGUGUGCCCCUGGAGAUGUAACGACGGGUACAUCCGAGUCAACUCAACGUGCGUUGCGAGGACGACGGCGCAGUCGGGCGACUGUCUCGGGGGAGAUCUGCGGGAUGCUUGCAAGAAUGCCGAGGGGCUGCCGGCGUCCCCGAGGAUGGAGUUCGGACAGAACCACUCGAUCGUGAUGAGCGGAUGGACUUAUCACUGGAUGAGCUCCUGUCCUAUCGGCGAGUUCAGGUCGCCCUGCUCCAGCUCCUGCGUUCUGGAAUAUCGCGACACAACUCCAGGGCAGUGCGUUCCCUGUACCAACGCGUGCGAUACAAACGCGAUCUACAACUCGUCGGGAGUGAACGGUAACGACUGCGACUGGUACUGCGACAACGGAAAGAGCAAACAGUUUGACGCAACGCUCAGUCGAUAUGUUUGUGUAUGA